AUGCUAACGUACGACCUGACCAAGGGCGAGGACUCGGACAAGCUCGUGCUGGAUAAUUACAAGUACGGCUCCAUCGUGUCGUCGCUCGCCAACGUUGAAAACCACCGCACGGAUAUGGAGUACGAGAACAGUCUCAUUAUCAAGACUGUCAUCUUUCAGUUUGUAAACAACUACGAGGGUCUGUUUUACGUGGCGUUCCUGAAAGAAGGGUGCGAAGGUUGCGAUGUGAGCUGCAUGCAAGAGCUCGUGUACAUGCUCGCGAUCGUGUUAUGCUCGCGACUGUUUGUGGGCAACAUUGCCGAAGUGGCUGUUCCUCGCCUGUUUGUAUACUUCAGCAGGUACCAGUUACUGGGUCACUUGAAUGACUACAAGCAGUCCAAUGCUGUACGCGAACUCUUUAUGGCGCAGUACGACUGGCACGGUACCUUUGACGACUACACGGAGAUGGCGCUCCAGUUUGGCUUUACGACAAUGUUUGUCGUGGCUUUUCCGUUUGCGCCUAUGCUGUCCUAUGUGAACAACUACUUUGACAUCCGCUUGGACGCAUGCCAUCUCAUUUUCGAGUCGCGUCGUCCACACCCGUGUAAGGUGCGCAGCAUGGGAUACUUGUACCAGGUGCUGCAAGCGUUUGAAGCGAUCUCCGUGUGUACCGAUGAUGCAGUUAUCAUUUUCACAGGCGACUUCUUCAAUCAUCUGGAAAUGCCCACCCGCGUGUGGAUGUUCACAAUCUUCAUCAACGGCAUGUUCAUGUUCAAAUACUUCCUCGAGAUCUGCAUCGCCAACGUGCCGGAGGAUGUAACGGGGCAGCCCGUUACAUGA